AUCACCAUGAAAAAGAAUUCGAUAUUAUUUUUGACGUUCCUGUUGAACGUAGUGUUGAAUUUUGUACAAUCUGAAGAAUACGUACCAAACUUACCACCUUUCUUCAAAAUAUGUCACCGGAGUGAUCCAAAUUGGAACAGAUGUAUGAAAAGCAGUAUGGAACAUAUAAAACCAUAUCUGAAAGAAGGAAUUCCAGAUUUUAAUAUACCUCCUUGCGAACCAUUACACAUCGAUCGACUAGAUUUCAAUCAAACAACUGGUUCAAGUUCUAUAACCUCUUCUUUCACUGAUAUCAAAAUUUACAAUGGAAUUAAUUUCGUUCUAAAGAAUAUCAAGUUCGAUGUGAACAAAAAUGAAUUAAAAUUGAAAAUAAAUAAUCCACGCCUCGAAAUGGUUUCAAAGUACAGUUUGCACGGAAAUAUUUUGAUGUUACCAAUCACAGGAAAUGGAUCAUCUUCUGCCAAUUUAACCGACAUUGAUUUCUUUUUAAAAGUUCAAUUACAACGUUACCAUGAACCUAAAACCGGUCAAGAACACUUUCGAGUGAACGAUUUGUACGUCGAUUAUAAUAUACAUAACGUUAAACUACAUUUAGAUAAUUUAUUCGACGGUGACAAAACUCUCGCGGAAGUAAUGAAUUUAUUUUUAAAUGAUAAUUGGAAAUUAAUUGCCGUCAAAUUUAAACCUGCUUUGGAGGAAACUGUUAGCGGUAUAUUUAAAACCAUAAUGAAUAACAUUUUUUCCAAGUAUCCUAUCGACACAUUGCUACCAUUAUAAAUUAAUAAAUUAUUAUUUUAUUUUAUUUAAUAAGUAAA